AUGGAGACCAGAGCCCUCUGGCUAAUGCUGCUGGUCCUGCUUGCAGGGUCCUCUGGGAUAGCUGCAGAGUAUGUUGGCCUGUCUCCAAACCAGUGUAUGGUCCCAGCAAAAGUCAGGGUGGACUGUGGCUACCCCAGCGUCACUGAAGAGCAGUGCAACAACCGUGGCUGCUGCUUUGACUCCAGCAUCCGUAAUGUGCCCUGGUGCUUCAAGCCCCUGCAGGAGACAGGGCACCCUCUGGAGGCCACAUCAUCCAUGCUACUCUAUGUCCCAAUUACACAGCACAGGGGCCAGAAAACAUUGCUUCUCGAUGAGCUGGGGUUCCAUGGUUUCUUCUCCUUGGAAAAGGCCUUGGUCCCCGUGCACUUGGAAUGA